CCCAGAUUGGGAUACCCAAUAUAGAGUUCCAUUUGUUCAGAUAUCAUAAUGUCCGGAUCAGGGCCGAGCUCCUGGCUCUCAGGCUGGCAUUGGCGAGAGCGCAUCAAUAAUUUUACGCCGUCAUGGUUUACCAUUUGUAUGGGUACUGGCACUGUCUCUCAGAUACUAGUUAACUUCCCCUAUCCAUACACUGGAGGGACGUACUGGAUGCGAAAUCUGGCUUACUGUUUCUGGAUCCUUGACAUUGUGCUCUUUGGAAUCUUUACGGCCUUCCUCGUAAUCAGAUACAUUCGGCACCCAAUUCUCAUGAAAAAGACGGUGAUGGAGUUUCCGACUUGCUCGUACCUCGGAGCCAUCCCAAUCGCCUUGGACACGAUCAUCACCGGGAUAUCAUCUUUCUACAAUUACCGUGAUAGCGGGCGUUGGACUGCGUACGGCUUGUGGUGGUUCAAUGUUGCCUUAACAUUGUUAGUCUGCGUGGGCUUGCUCAUAGUCCAGAUGACGAAGCAGGAAGAGCAUGCGAUGUCAGACGUCGCUGGUUUAUGGCUCAUGACAUGCGUUCCCAUGGUCAUUACAGCGGCUUUGGGAGCCACGCUUCUUCCGUACCUCAGCUGGAAAACAGGUAUCGCCUGCCUUGUCGUCUCCUUCCUACUCUGGACAUCCGGGCUCGUCUUGAUCCACCUGAUUCUUGCAUGUUACUUCUGGCGCUUGAUCUCGCAUCAUCUGCCAGCCCAGCAACUCCUAGGAUCCGGGUUCUUGCCUAUGGCGCCACUAAGCCAAGGUGCAUUCGCCGCCCAGCAGUUCUCCAUAUACCUCUCCAACUAUCUGUCGAAAAAGCAUUACGCGCCAACCCAAUCACACCCGCCACCUCUUUCUCCUCAGAUACUGGAAGCAACCGGCGAAGCCAUACACUGGCUUGGCAUCAUUGUUUCGCUGUUCCUCCUUGCACACGCCACCUUCUGGUUUAUCCAGGCCACUGCCGCUAUGCUCAUCGGGUUGCCAAAGAAGUUCAACAUCGGCCUGUGGUCUCUGGUUUUUCCUAUCGGCGCGUACUGCAACGGCUGGGAGGUCCUUUCGCGGGAUUUGCGCAACGACGGAAUGCGCGGUUGGUCAGCAACUGUGCUGGUUUUGGUAUCCAUCAUCUGGUUGUUCUGUGCCUUGUGCACGGUAUACUUGGGCUUCUGGAAGGGCGAACUGUUCUUCGCGCCGGGGUUAGAGGAUUGGCUGUACAAAGAGAAGGAUGAUGAGCAGCAAAACGGUGAGCAGAGUAAUGGCAGGAGGAUUAGCUAUAACGGCACCUACAGGAUGGAGAAGCCGAAACAGAAGGACGAGGAAAACGGGAACGGCAACGCAAACGGCUCGCAGAACGGUACGCAAAGCAAGGAAAGGAACGAUUAA